AUGUCCUACAACAGAUUUACUUCCGAUGGGCAACGUCAACGAGCUGCUUCCAUACAGGCCAUGGCUGGUGCUCAGGUCGAUGGACAUACUGCCGAAACGAGCGCUGCCGACUCCUCCAUAUCGAUCGAGAGACCGAGACUAUACCUUGCCCGGGCAGUCAUCAUACUACGAGCCGCAAGUCAAAACGAGCUUGCUGAUCAGUACGAGGCUGCUGCCAUACGAGACUUCGGAGAAGCAGAAUGGAGAGAUGAUGUCCACGAUGCCGAGCAGCUCGAGCAUCCCUGUCCUCUUUAA